AUGGAAUGCUUGACUGCCAGUUUCGCCGCAAGGAAUGUGGGCAGGGAGUAUAACUCCGUAUGCCAAAGCAAGUCUGCCCGUGAGAAGCAAUGGAUUCCCGGAAGGGUUCUCUGCUAUUUCACAGCUUACGCAAACUCUAGCCAGUGCCACAAAGUCACUACCGUGGCGUAUCCCGUGACCCCAGUUGCGGGAAGACGUUCGUGCUGGAGAUCUUUUGCAGCAAGUUUGGAUUUAGGGAAUGGGCCUGCACCCUCAAACUCGACAUCGUCUUCACCAGGACAGACUCGUGAGCAGCCGACGUCUGACGAGUUGAAAUCUCUUCUGGCUGAUAAGGAACGAAGUAAGCUUUUGAGGAAGCUAAGUGAAGCAAAUCAACAUAACCGGUUUCUCAAGAGACAGUCGCAAAUAAAGGAUGAUGCAGUUGUGAAGUUCAGAAGUGAACUUGCUGUUUUGGAACUUGAACUGCAGACUUUGGUUGGCCUAGCUGAAGAGAUCGCUAAUUUUGAUGUUCCAUCAGGGUCAAGGAAGGUAAAUGGAAAAUAUAUUCAGUCUCAUCUUCUCUCCAGGUUAGAAGCUGUUCAUGACAGGGUUAUGGUACAGAUAAAGGAUGUUGACUCUUUAAGACCUCGAGAAAUCGCAGUAUACUGGGUUGGAAUGGCUGAGAAUGUGCAAAUUAUGGGAUCCUUCGACGGCUGGUCCCAUGGUGAGGCAAUGUCGAGGGAAUAUUCAGGAGACUAUGGGAGAUUUUCUGCGUCUCUGAGGCUUAGACCUGGAAGCUAUGAGAUUAAGUUCUUGGUGGACGGGGAGUGGAAACUGUCAUCAGAAUACCCGGUUGCUGGCGAGGGAUUGACACAGAACAAUAAACUCGUCGUGGAAUAACAGAUUUUUGAUUUUCUUUAGGACUCUACCUGAUUACUACCAUGGGCGUCCUCCCAUAAAACUCGUGUUGUAUGAAAUGCAAACCCUUAUUUGCUUGAUUGGGUCUGCAUGCUGUCUGUAAUUUUUUCCUUGCAACUGAUCUACUGAAGCCACUUAGGAAUGACCCUUCUUCCAUGGGGUAGGAGUUGAUCAAAUUAGUUUGAGUGCAUUGUUACAUGUAAAAUACACUUUAAGCAAUAAAAGUCCAUUCCUUCUGUUA